AUGAAGCUGAGACUUGUAAACGUGUCGUUCACCAAAGGGAGUUUAAUGAAGCUGAGACUUGUAAACGUGUCGUUCACCAAAGGGAGUUUAAUGAAGCUGAGACUUGUAAACGUGUCGUUCACCAAAGGGAGUUUAAUGAAGCUGAGACUUGUAAACGUGUCGUUCACCAAAGGGAGUUUAAUGAAGCUGAGACUUGUAAACGUGUCGUUCACCAAAGGGAGGUUAAUGAAGCUGAGACUUGUAAACGUGUCGUUCACCAAAGGGAGGUUAAUGAAGCUGAGACUUGUAAACGUGUCGUUCACCAAAGGGAGUUUAAUGAAGCUGAGACUUGUAAACGUGUCGUUCACCAAAGGGAGUUUAAUGAAGCUGAGACUUGUAAAUGUGUCGUUCACCAAAAGGAGCUUAAUGAAGCUGAGACUUGUAAACGUGUCGUUCACCAAAAGGAGCUUAAUGAAGCUGAGACUUGUAAACGUGUCGUUCACCAAAAGGAGCUUAACUUCUUGCGGCGAGCCAUCCCGGAUCCGGGAUCAUCCUAAGAUCUGCACUUUGACCCCUAACGGGCACCUGGAGUUGACCACGUUGACCCCGGUGAUGACCCCCAGGGGGUCAUACCCCACUGACAGGCUGACCUAUGCCCUGGGGUCACGGAAGAGCAGCGUUAUGAGUCUGGGCAAGGCCAACCUGGAGCAGAGGAGAUCAUUCUCUCUGUGGGCUAAGGAACGAAAACACUGGACCCAGAAACUGCGGUUGCAGUGGGCUAAGGAACGAAAACACUGGACCCAGAAACUGCGGUUGCAGUGGGCUAAGGAACGAAAACACUGGACCCAGAAACUGCGGUUGCAGUGGGCUAAGGAACGAAAACACUGGACCCAGAAACUGCGGUUGCAGUGGGCUAAGGAACGAAAACACUGGACCCAGAAACUGCGGUUGCAGUGGGCUAAUGAACGAAAACACUGGACCCAGAAACUGCGGUUGCAGUGGGCUAAGGAACGAAAACACUGGACCCAGAAACUGCGGUUGCAGUGGGCUAAGGAACGAAAACACUGGACCCAGAAACUGCGGUUGCAGUGGGCUAAGGAACGAAAACACUGGACCCAGAAACUGCGGUUGCAGUGGGCUAAGGAACGAAAACACUGGACCCAGAAACUGCGGUUGCAGUGGGCUAAGGAACGAAAACACUGGACCCAGAAACUGCGGUUGCAGUCCAGCUGGAACAGCCUGGGUUGUCCCUCCCGGGGGGUAGGGGGGCUGGGAGCAGGUGUGGUGGGAGGAAGCCUCCGUGUCCGAAGCCCCCACUCCCACAUCCACUCCCUUUACCACUCAGCCGAACACGAGUUCCUCCUCUCCCCCGCUCUCCGCCUCCCCCCUCACCACGCUCCCCCUCUCCCCCUCCUCUCCCGACGCAAUGCCAUCCGGCACCGGAACCGCCGCGCUCUCUCCCUGGAGCUGCCAAACAUGCUCCAGGUCCCCGGGGGACCUCCGUCUCACCCCAACCCCAGGAUGAGGAGUGUUUCUGGGGGAGGGAGCAGUGGCAGUGGGGGUAUGGUGGUGGAGCACCAUGAUUGUAAUGGAAAGGCUCCUAGUCCUAUUAGUGUUAUGGGUCCCCAGACUGCCCAACUCCUAACGGAGGUCUUCCCUCAACUGAACCUCGCCAAGGACAGAUCGGACCUGGAUGAGGAGAUAGACUAUAGUCUCUGUUUCCGUAUCCAGAAGAUGAUGGAGGUGUACAGGCCUGACUGGUGUGAGAAAAGAGAGGACUGGUCUGUCUACCUCUUCUCACCACAGAACAAGUUCAGACUGCUAUGUCAGUCCAUUAUAGCCCACAAGCUCUUUGACUACGUGGUUUUAUCCUUCAUCUUUCUCAACUGUAUCACUGUAGCUCUGGAGAGACCCAAAAUACUGCAGAGCAGCUUGGAAAGACUUUUCCUCACCGUCUCCAACUAUGUCUUCACAGCCAUAUUUGUGGCUGAAAUGACCGUCAAGGUGGUCUCUAAGGGUCUGUACCUGGGUGAGAAGGCCUAUCUGAAAAGCAGCUGGAACGUUCUGGAUGGUUUCCUGGUCUUCGUGUCGUUGAUUGACAUUGUUGUGUCCAUGGCGGGCGGGGCUAAGAUCCUGGGGGUGCUGAGAGUGCUCAGGCUGCUCAGGACACUACGCCCUCUCAGGGUGAUCAGUAGAGCUCCAGGCCUGAAGCUAGUGGUAGAGACUCUCAUCACGUCUCUGAAGCCUAUAGGAAACAUCGUCCUCAUCUGCUGUGCUUUCUUUAUCAUCUUCGGCAUCCUCGGUGUGCAGUUGUUCAAGGGGAAGUUUUACUACUGUCUGGGUCUAGAGGUGAAGAACAUCACCAACAAGUCUGACUGUCUCCAGGCCAACUACAGAUGGGUUCACCACAAAUACAACUUUGAUAACCUGGGACAGGCUCUGAUGUCUCUGUUUGUGCUGGCAUCUAAAGACGGCUGGGUCAACAUCAUGUACCAUGGUCUGGAUGCUGUGGGCAUAGACCAACAGCCGUCUAUUAACAACAAUCCGUGGAUGCUCCUGUACUUCAUUUCCUUCCUCCUCAUCGUCAGUUUCUUCGUCCUAAACAUGUUCGUGGGCGUGGUGGUGGAGAACUUCCACAAGUGCAGACAGAACCAGGAAGUGGAGGAGGCCAAAAGGAGGGAGGAGAAACGACAGAGACGCAUGGAGAAGAAGAGGAGGAAGGCCCAGAAGCUACCCUACUAUACCAACUAUAGUCAUGGUCGUCUGAUGAUCCACACUCUGUGUACCAGCCAUUACCUGGACCUCUUCAUCACCUUCAUCAUCUGUAUCAAUGUCAUUACUAUGUCCCUGGAGCACUACAGCCAACCACAGUCAUUGGAGACGAGUCUGAAGUAUUGUAACUAUUUCUUCACCACAACCUUUGUGGUGGAAUCUGUCCUAAAGCUCAUCGGCUUCGGGUUCCGACGCUUCUUCAAGGACAGGUACAUUCUCAAGCUAUUGAAGAUGGCUACAGGAAUGAGAGCUCUUCUAGACACAGUGGUUCAGGCUCUACCUCAGGUGGGGAACCUGGGCCUGCUGUUUAUGUUGCUGUUCUUCAUCUACGCUGCUCUGGGGGUGGAACUGUUUGGAGAGCUGGUGUGUAAUGCUGACUACCCGUGUGAGGGCAUGAGUCGGCACGCCACCUUCGAGAACUUUGGCAUGGCCUUUCUCACCCUCUUCCAGGUCUCCACCGGAGACAACUGGAACGGCAUCAUGAAGGACACCCUGCGUGAGUGCCCUCCAGGACCCAGUGACUACCCGUGCCACGCUGGACUCCAGUUCAUCUCUCCCAUGUACUUUGUCUCCUUCGUCCUCACCGCCCAGUUCGUACUCAUCAACGUGGUGGUGGCUGUGCUCAUGAAGAUAUGA